AUGGCCGACUAUUGGAAAUCGACGCCCAAAUACUGGUGCAAGAACUGCGCUGUAUACGUGACCGACACGAAACUCGGACGCGCAAACCACGAGGCCACUGGCAAGCACCAGUCUGCCGUCCGGCGCGCACUGCGCAACUUGCACCGCGACUACGAGCGCGAGGAGCGCGAGAAGGACAAGGCGAAGCGGGAGGUGGAACGGCUGAACUCGCUCGUUGGGGGGGAUGGUGGUUCGACGCCAUCGACGUCCACACAGUCCAGAGCACCUCGGCCACCGCCGCCACCUCCACACCAACCACACGCCCACCCCCGACCUCCACCAAACAGCGCCUCCAGCGGUGGCCCGCCCCGCGAACAGCUCGAACAGCUGGCCGAGCUCGGCGUCAGCAUCCCCGACGCGUUCCGUCCCGACCUCGCCAUGGCCGGCGACUGGACCGUGACGGAGACGCGCGUUGUCGCCGUCGAGGACGACGACGGCAAGAAAGUGGGUGGACAGGGGGCAACACGGUCGGUCGGCGUGCGCAAACGGCCACGAAGGUCUGGCGACGACGACGACGGCGGCGACAGCGACGAUGCAUACGACAAAGGACGAGGAAGCAAGGGCGGCCAUGCAGAGUUUGACAAGGUUGACCUGGACGCGGCCGUCCAGGGCCUGUUCAAGAAGCCACGGCACUGGGGACGAGACGCGCGCACGGCGGGCGGCAGCAGGGCUGGCGGUGGUGAUGAUGACGAAGGCGAUCUGGACAGGUUGCUGAGCAGUGCACUUACGACGCCGGCACCAAAGACAGAGGGGGCGACGUCGGACACAGACAAGCCGACGGUGGAGACAAAGCAGGACGUCAAGAAGGAAGGCGGCGCAGCCACGGCUUCGGCCGACAGCCUGGUCGAUGCGGCGCCACAGCCACCAAAGAUUAAAGAGGAAGCGGAGGGAGGGAGCGGGUUGAGCCUCGAAGCGGCACCGGAGGGGAUGCCCGAAGCACCCGAGGAGAAGCCGCGUUCGUCUGACGCAGCCAUUGUCUUUAAGAAGCGCAAGACGAAGACGGUGCGGCAGCGAUGA